UUUCUCUUUGUUAUUCUUCGUCUUUGACCUGAAAGAAAGAACACACAAUCUUAAAAUACCUGCUCUUUUUCUUGUUUCCAACACACCACUCUUGAACACUUUUUACAAAUUUGCAUUUGCACUUGCACCUACACGCACAAUUUACUUUUUCUCUGAUUCUGCCGUGCGCAUUCAAUCAAAAGUAAAUCAAAAAAUGAACAGGGCAGACGGCUUUAGUCUCCAUCAUCCCACGGUGUCCGAAUCCUCUGUCUCUACUGACCAAGAAGAGCAAUCAUCCAUCUGGAGCACAUUGAACACUGCCUUUUGGGACACUGCGCAGUACGCGUCUGAAGAAUUUGACCGCUUUUUUGAGAAUAUGGGUUUCAAGAACAGCGGCAGCCCCCAAGUACAAGAACACCAAUGCGCAGCACAAGUAAAAGCUUUACAAGAUCAACAAUAUGAUACCCACACUGAUUUUGCAACGAAUACGACACUACCUCUUCCAUCUUCAUUGUCUCGUCAAAGCACUGACUUGCAAGACUAUUCAACACCUUCUUCUUCCACUUGCUCUACCCGAUCGGCCCCUCGAAAUGUAUCAUUAUCGAUGCCUUCAUCAACAUCAACGGGAAGCCGAAAACGUUCGCACGAUGAUGACAAUGACCCUAUUGCUGCGGAGCGUGCAGAGAAGAUACGCAAGAUAGGUGAAAUUGAGACUAUGUUACGUGAACUCAAGGAAGAAGCAACGCUGGAUAACAGCCCCAGUACGGUCAGUUCGUCUCCUGCGAACAGAACUCCCACCGCUGCUGCCACUGCUACAAGAACGACGACGGAAAAACCAAAGCCGAGAUUGGACGAUGAUCGUCCGCAGGCUAAAGAUACCCGAAUGCAGCGAUUGGAAGAGCGCAUUGAACAUCUUCAAACACAGGUCGCCUGUUUGAUAUCCUCUCAAGCAAGAAUGUUGAAACCUAGUGGCGGCUCUCGCACGUCUUCGAUCAGGGGCACCAACGGCCCGCGCACGGGUUCCCUUGCUAAACAAACAAGUACAGCACCAUCGUCCUCCUCAGCACCAUCACUUUCAUCGCCGUUACCACCAACAUUGCGCUCACUGCCAAUCCCCUCAUCCCCUUCCUGCUCCUCCUCGUCACCACCACCAUCAUCAUCAUCAUCAUCAUCACUUUCAUCGCGCUCGCAUCAUAAAAACAGACCAUCCGACAAGGCAUCCAUGUACAAGCCUACUCCUUUAGCUACUGCUUCACUGCCACUAGCGUCUUUGCAAAACCAAGUUCCCACGCCGCGGUCUUCUCAGGCCAAGGGUAGUAACAAUGAAGCCGAACGAAAAAGCGAACCGAAAGUAUCAUUACCCUCGCCGCCACCACCACCAUCAGCACCUACACAAUCGCCAAAUCGAAACCGACUUUCUACUGCUGCUCCUACUUUUGCAGUCAGUACCAGCUCUUCCGCAGCAAUGACGCCAACACAUGAAGUCAAAAUAUCACUCACUAUGCAACGACAACGUGCCUCGCGGACAGCUCCAGAAACACUGAGCAAGGUUUCAAGUGAUACCCAUAUGGAAUCCAUGCGCGCAAUUGUCCAACAGAUUCCAAACGUAAAACUGAGACGGACAGAUAUGCUCAGAUUGCCUGACGGAACCUUAAAACCUAAUCCCAUUUGGUCCGAGAUGUACCGAACCACACCACGCUAUAAACGCUCAAGAGCUGCCAUGGAACGGGAGAACGAACAGCAACAAAACGACCAUCUUGAAUCGAGUCCUGCAAGCCCUAAUACAGCAUCACAGCAACAUGAAGACAACCUUAACUCGGGUUUGCCAAGUCUUAAGCGACAACGUGCAUCAGCAUCAGACGAUCUAUGAUGACGAUAAAAAAACAAAAAGUUGGAUAUAUCAGCUAUCGGGGGAGAAGUACGUUCAGCGUUGACAAAGGAAAAAUGGACAAGGUGAAGUGAAAAAUAUUGGCAUGUGUGACACUUUUUGCUUCAGGAUUGGCACACACGUACACAUACAGGAUUGCACAAAGCAAAAACAAAUUCUACAUAUCAUUCUGUACUACUUUGUAUACAUUUUCUAUUUUUUUUAUCUCUAUCAAUGUCUCUAUAUACAUACAUAUCUUUAUCAUAAUGCAAAAUAAACAAAAGCUU